GGCGCGGUUUUACUCGUUGGGAAAAGCGUUGUGAAGAAGAAGGGGUACGAUAGCUCUGAAAACAUAAAGCAUCUAUUCUGUUUCAGUUCCCGUAUCGCGUCCUUUGUGCUCACUUCGCUGAUAUUCGCGCAGAAGUUUUAUAAGGACGUAAAAAAGUAACGAAGAUGGUGAUUUAUGUUAUACUUCGACGAUUAUUAUAACGACUAUGCUUCUGCGGACGUUGAGUUGUCUGAACCUGUUAACGGUUUCAGUUUCGUGUCUAAGCACGAGAUUAUCGGAAGCUGAGCAAAGUGGUUGGAGCUUCGAUCCGAACACACAGUACCAUAUUCAAACGGACGAGGGGCCAGAAAGGUAUUUACGUUUCCAAACCUUAAACGGUCAGUAUAGAAAGGAGAAAAGAUUGGUCGAUGGUACGGUGAUCGGUACGGAGGGAUGGUUGGACCCUUUGGGUUAUUUACGUCUUAAGGAUUACAUAGCUGACCACAAUGGAUACCGGAUAUUAAGGUCCAAAAUGGUGUACGUAGGUAGGAACAGACCUAUAUACAAUGCUGUGAAAGAAACAAAAACGGUUCCUGCUCAGACUGGAAUCCUUGUAGAACCGACGAGACCACCGAAUCCUUUCAGACAAUCGGAUACGAAUUAUGUUCGUCCUUUACUGAGCAACGAUAUUAACUCGAAUUAUUACAUCAGUUCAACAGCAAAACCAAAAGUGGACCUUUCUCCGGCAUCGAACGACGAUUAUUACUAUAAUUCGAAUCCUACGAGUCUUCCAUCUAGUCCGCGAAAUUUGAAAAAUAAUCAAGUUCAAAAUAGUCGUUACAAUUUUCUACCACGUUCGAACGAGCCAUCCAGUAGGGUACCGCCGUACGAUGGUACCCAUACUGUUGCUAAUGGAUUUCAGUAUUAUUUAAAAAGACAAUACCACGAGGAACAACAAGAUCCAUCUGGUACCAACAUCGGUUCCUUUGGAUACGUUGAUCCUUUUGGUAUUAGAAGAGUUAUCUACUACAAAACAGAUCCACGAAACAAUGGUUUUCUUUAUGAACAAAAUAAUAAGUAUGUAGGUUUGACGGGAACACCAUACGAUCCAUCCUUAGCUAAUUUAUACGGACGGAAAUUGAGAAACAAUUAAAUAAUAAAUUAUUUCAUUUCAUGUACACUCGCGAUCAAAUUGGGGUUCCUAGAAAACAUGGGGAAGCACAAACUUUUCAGCCUUCCCCAUGCGUGUCCACGGGAAGAAUGACGCUGCUGCGAAAGGGGCUCUCCUAUAUAUAGGCCUGUGGCGGACCGCUAACACUUGCGCGCAAGCGUCUACGCGGGGAAAUUUGAAUUAACAUUUACCUCUUUUUGGUACUUUACAAUUAUAUACUAAAUUACAUAAUAUUUAAUAUUUAAAAGUUGUAUUAUUUGUUAUUUGAAAUUAUCUUUUAUGUUAAUAUAGUCAGAAAUAAGUCUGAUUUGAUCGCCAGUGUACUAUUACAUUCAUAAUGAAUAACAAGUAUUUCAAAUAUAUCAGCUUCGAGGCAUCGAUUUAUAUUUCUACGAUAUAUUUAUUUAAGGCUUAAGCUUUGAAGCUUUAUUUGAACGACACUUGACGAAGAGAGAUCCUAUGAUUUCUCGAAACAUCAACAAAUAUUGGGUGCCAUGCUAAGUCAGUUUAUACAUUAUUUAUAAUAAACAUACAUAACGUUUAAGUUUUUAAUAAUUUAGAAAUCCAAUCUGCUGAGAAGCAAUAAAAAGUUAACAAGUACAUGUAGAGUAAUAUCAAUAUAAGUAACUUUUUAAAUAAUUCAUUCUUUUAUCCUGGGUCACGAUCGACCCAAGGUCCACCGUUUGAGGGUUAAGAACAAGUGUAGGGGGAGAAAUCACCCGUUUGAUUUUUAGACAGCAAUUAGUAUCAAUAAAGUAUCGAUCACUGGUCACUUAGACUGUUAAUUAAAAUUGUUGACUAUUCUAAAAUCUGUCACCCAAACAUUGUUAUUCCUAACCAGGAAAAAGAAGCGAAUUCGCUAUGUCAUUUAUUAGAAAUAUGUACAUAAUCAAAUUGUGCAUACAACAUGGUAAAAUAAUCUUAAUUCAACAACUUAAUUAUUUGAUCUCAAACGUCCUACGUAUCGAAUAUAUAAUUAACAGAGUAAUCGUUUUUCAUUUCCUUCGCAUUUAAAAUUUCUUAUCGUAAUUAUCUCGUCGAUCAAUUUGUUGGCUUAAGGGUUGUUGUAGUUUCUGAGCAGCUGCGCGUGCAUCCGCUUCCUGAAACACGAGGACAAUUAAAAAUUAUAACAAAUUUAUUAGAGAUUAAGAUAAUAAAAAUAAAAAUAUUCAGUAA